UUACAUUCCGUUUGGUAAAACGUGUUGCUCAUGGCAGCGGCGCGAGAAGCCGGUUGUCUCUAGCCGCAGCAGCCACACACGAUGAAUUCAGUUUUAAUCGACGCGAUUCUGCGCAGCUCUCCGGACAUCGAGCGUCUCCUCGAGUCUCUGUCCUGGCCGAGUGGGUCGUGGCCGGAGACGGAGCGGGUCGAGGCGCUCGCGGCGUUCGUCGAAGGGCUCGGACCCCCGCUGGCAGACCCCGACGCGACUCCGCUCUCGGCUGCGAAGAGGGCGAGUGUUCGCGUCCAGCUCGAGUCGCUCGUCUGGACGCGGUGUCUGCCGCUGCUCGCCGCAAUAUCGGCCGAGCCCGGCGAAGCCGCGCGGCGCAGGGCGCUCACCGCCGCCGCCUGCCGCCUGGUGAGCGCCUGCGUCCCGCUGUGCGGCGAGGAUGUGCCGGGGCGCGUGGCUCGGUCCGUCCUGCCGUCUCUGAGUCUGCACGGGGGGGAGGAGGAGGAGGGGGAGGAGCCGCCCGGCCCGGGACGUCUCGGCGUGGAGGUUGCGAGCGAACUAGUGGCCGCUCUCGCACCGUCUCUGGCCGCGGAUGAACAUCUCACCCUCGCCAUCAUCUCCGCCGCGCUGUCGUGCGUCAGAGCACGGCCCGAUGCGCUGGUCUCCGGGGCCACAGUCCGGCUCCUCUUGACGCUCCUGAACUGCUGCGGCGGCGGCGGCGCGCGGUUGAACAACGCGCUCACGUUGGUCCUGGGCGACCUGUGCAGCUGGCACCGCGCUGACCGCUCCCCUGUGGUCACAGAGCGGGCUCUGCUGUGUCUCACCGCCAUUUCAGACCACCUGCUGAACCCUCACAGCCUGCCCUGCUCAUCCUCCUCCUCCUCCUCAUCAUCAUCAUCAUCAUCAUCAUCCUCCGCCGCCUGUGAGCCACACCCUCGCCUGUCCCUCCAGUUCUGGAGGAUGCUUCAGGAUGGACUGACGCACCGAGACGGCGUGUCACGUAAGAGGGCGUUGUACCUGCUCAAAAGGGGCGUGGCCCUGUCCGAGGGGCAGCAGGUGGACUGUCCCCUCUCUCCAUCCCGCGAAGGUGGUGAGACCUUGUUCAGGUGGGCCCCCAACAGGAGCAAGCUACUCAGAGAGUUCUGGGAGGAUUACGCGCUGGUGAUGGAGACACUGGAGGAAAACCAGGUUCAUGUCGUCCGGCCAGUUCUAAACAGAAUAGACACGUUGAUCCAAACAACAGUGAAUGAUGGUCAAGGUCGAGGCCUCUUCCAUCCCUCCUGGCUGCUGUGUGUGUACCAGCGCAUGUUCCACAGUGAGAAUAAAUCCCUGAUGAGAGAGGGAGUGUGUCACCUGCUCGAGCUGCAGGUCCUCCAGCAGCCGCCCUUCGCUCUGGCCUUUUCUCAGUUUAUUGUUGGCCCUUUUAUGGAUGUUCUGUCUGAAUCUUCACUCUUCCAUAGGUCAGUUGGUCAGAGUGUAGGAGAUUGUCCUGAGCUUGGAGCGAAACUCCAAGUCUUCAUGGCCACCUUCUUCAGUAGCCUCCCAUCAGAGCACAGAGGUUGUGUGUUGCUGCAGCUGAUUCAGCAGCUGGGCUCGAAGCAUUGGUGCGCCGUGCCCCUCCUCUUCCUCUCCCAGGCUCUAGCCAAACUUCCCCCAAGUCCACUGCUGGGGGUCGACGGACUCGCUGCCCUGAGGGAGGUGCUGUGCUGCACCAUGAUCACACAUCAGGUUUCGUUACGAGGAGCUGCCCAGUGCUUCCUGUUGAACAGCGCCCUCUGUCUCACAGAUGUGAGCGCCGCAAGCCUAGAUGACAUCUUUAGUUUCCUGAUGUAUUUCCGUGCCGACGAGUCACUGUGCAGAGGGACGCACAUCUGGAAUCAGGUAUGUGCCUGGCUAUCGGACAACGAAGGCAGUUUCAAGCCCAGGAUCGUGGACGGCGGUGAUUCCGCUGGUUCUGCCACAAAGAAAGAAACUGUAAGAGGUUAUGUUCAAGAGGAGAUGCACGCCUAUCUCCGAGUUCCAGCUAGCACAGGUCAGACUGAGAGGUUGCCUGACCCUAAAGAGGCCGAUAAGUUGGCCAGGGCUAUUCUGUUGUGUGUGGACAUGGAGAAGAGUCGGCCUGGCACAGAGAUCGGCAACACUCUGGAGUCAUUACUCUCUCCACUGCUGGACACCCUGAGCAGAGUCAGCACCAACAUCUACCUGCCUCUGCGCAAGAGUGACAAGAGCCUGCAGCUUGUGCUCCGACUGCUCCAGCUCGGACGGACGCCAAGAAGUGUCGGAGGGGAGCAAGGCGAGACCGCAAUCGUUUCCAUGGAGAAGCUAGUUUUUAAACUUGUCGACCCAAUCCAGGACUUUAUCUCGAGGCGGCUGUGUGGAGAGCUGCAGGAGCUAUUUGACGUGGAGCGGGCCGAGCUGUAUCUGAGUGUCCUGACGCAGCUGGUGGACAUGUGCAGUUCUGCACCGCAGCACCAUCUCAAAGUUGGGCAGAAUUAUAUUCCUAAACUCAUUAAGCACAGCCUCUGGGUCCUGCAGGAACCAAGCCAGCAGAUCCCUUCCGUGGCACACCAGGUUGCAAGAGCGGUUGCUAUGGCGUCCCUGGCCACGGUUUGUGGUCUCGUGGAGCAGGAAGUGAUUGGCACGAGAUCAGAGGCCAUUUCUGCUCUGGAAGCCCUGAAUGACUACUUCUACAGUUCACAGCCGUGUCAGUCAUCACUGGGGAACUUCAACAAACGCCUGCUGAAACCACAGACAGGAGACUCUUUAUGUGAUCUGGGAGUGCCGGGUUCUCUGCUGCAGGACUGGGGACGUAUCGCUGCCAGCUUUAUGCGGGACCAGUGGAUUUGUCUGAGCUUCCUGAUUAAGGCGGUUGGGAUUCCUGAGAGUUCCAGAUCGCCGGACACUCUCAAAGCUGCGCUGAGCUGCAGUGUGGAGGCCCUGGCACUGCUACCCAGUGACCUGGUGCUGCCUGCGCUCGCCUAUAUGGAGACGGUGCUGCCACAAUUACUAAUCCACGAGGAGGCGCUGUGUGUGGAGGCUGUGACUCUGAGCUGGGAGCUGGUGCAGGGACUGAGCAAUAAUGCCCACGACUUCUGGCCAGCCCUGAAAGGCUUUGUCUCCAUGGCUUUCCACCAUAAGGUGCUCGAGCUGUCCCACAGUCGCGCUCUGACACUUGUGGCCACCUUGAAACAGAUCGCCACCGAGCUCAUCGAGCUGUCUCAGUCGAAAAGUGGAGUAUUCGGAGUGCUGCUUCAACACUGUUGUCAGACGUGGUUGCCCGCAGACCGAGGCGGCGGCAGCAGCGAUGGAGCCGACACCGCAUUUUCUAGUGUUUUCAGCCACAUCAACAUGCUCACUGAGGCCUGUGUCUAUGGACCAGUGUUCAGAAGAGACCAACGGCUCAUCCAGGACAUUCAAACCUACGUGGAGCAGCUUGGCGAAGAGUGUGCUGGUGAUGUCAUAGUUACAAGUGAUAACAGGGACGAUCAGUUCCCCCGCACAUGUGUGUUGGCUUUCCUCAGCCGCCUGGAGUCUUCUAAUCUACAGCAUGAAACACUGAUGGAGGAUCUAGUUAUGGCUUUGUUGAAAAAGGAUAAUGACAUAUCAAAGUCAAAGGUGCGUUACUAUAGCAACUCCCUGCAACAUCGUGUCAAAAACAGAGUCUGGCAAACACUGCUGCUGUUGCUGCCCAAACUCAGAGAGGAGUUUGUCGCCACACUGCUGAACCGUGUGUUUGAAGCUGGAUUCUGCAGCAAUCAGGCUUCGGUCAAGUACCUGAUCGAAUGGAUGAUGAUUCUGAUCCUCGUUCGCCAUCCAAAACACAUGGACAGCUUCUGGGGCUGCUUCAGCAUGGAUCAUGAAAAGACCAAGACGAGCGUCUGCACCUUCCUGUCAGUCCUCGUACAUUUCAACAUCAUCCUUCCUCAACUCAAGGAGAAGGCAGCACAAUUGCGUAAAGCGUUGGACAUCAUCCUGCAGUGGUGUUUCAACCACAACUUCAGCGUGCGCCUGUACGCCCUCCUGGCCCUGAAGAGGGUGUGGAGCUUGGCAGAGGCCCGGGCAGAGGAAGGGGCCGGUGGUUUGGGAGGGUUGUCCACCGUCAUCAAGGCCUGUUUGAACCAGGCCGAGGCCAUGCAAAGCACUGGAAACGCCAAGAAAAACUGGAUAAGGAUUCAGGAGCACUUCUUCUUUGGUGCGUUUCACCCUAUCAGAGAUCACAGUGUAGAGACCAUAUUCCACACCUUUCCUAGUCUGUCAGAGUUGGCUGAUGAUGAGUGGAUUCCACCAUGGAAGUUUGAGAAGCUGGCGUGUUCCUCCGAAAGUCCAUCUCUUCCCUUGACAAAUCCUACUCCUGACCUGAGCCAGCUUCAGCCCGGAGACUGGAUCCAGCAAGACAAAAGUGAGCAGGACAAGGAGGAGCGCUGGGCCGAGGUGCAGAAGAAGAUCACUCCCUGGAGGUUGGGGAUCCAGGAGCAGGAGCCCGAACUUCAGCUGAUUCCACAGCAGAGGGCCGCUCGACUGGGCAAACUGCACGGCGCCCUGCUGGUGGUUGCCUCUCUCAUAGACAAACCCACUAAUUUAGGAGGUCUGUGCAGGACGUGUGAGAUAUUUGGUGCCAGUGCUCUGGUUCUGGAUACCCUCCGCCACGUCGGUGACAAACUCUUCCAGUCCCUGAGCGUCUCGUCUGAGCUCUGGCUUCCUCUGUUGGAGGUGAAGCCGUUGGAGCUCAGUGACUUCCUGCAGGUGAAGAAGAGUGAAGGUUACUGUAUUGUCGGAGUGGAGCAGACAGCCAACAGUCAGAGUCUCCAGGACUACAAGUUCCCUGAGAAGACCCUUUUACUUCUGGGCAAUGAACGGGAAGGUAUUCCUGCCAACCUGCUCCAGAUGUUGGAUGUUUGUGUGGAGAUCCCUCAACAAGGGGUCAUCCGCUCCCUCAACGUGCAUGUGAGCGCCGCCCUGCUGAUUUGGGAAUACACGCGGCAGCAUCUCGCCUCCGGUUCAGCUGAAGUGGACGCGAAGCGCAGCUGAAGAAAAAGAAACCGGUCGUGCAGAUCUAUGCGCACUACGUGACAUCUGACCUCCAGAUGUUGAUCAGUAAGAUCAAGUUUGACGGGCGUCUUAGGGGUCUUUAAAUUAAAACAAAUAUCAACCUCAGUCAGGGGGGGACAUGAAGAUGCCUCAUACAAUAAAUGUCAAGAUCUGAAUAUGAAUCUAUCCUUUCAGAUUUGAACGUGGUCAGCAGUCAUCAGUGCUGCUCUUGUGCCUUAAUGAGAGUCAUCAUUUCUGGUUAUUACAUCGAUAUUCCACGGGGCAUCCUGUCAUAUUAAUGUAGGCGAUCUUUAUGUCUCUAUCAGCAGCAUGAAGGGAUAUUUUCCGCGUUGAUGAGAAAGUGUCUUGUUUAUGUGAGCAAUUAGGGGGGGGGGGGGUUGCCUCAGAGUACCUGGUCUGGUUUAUAAUGUCUUUACCGAGCAAAGUAUUACACAUCAUUCUUUAAUGCUGCAUUUGUUAAUAAGCAUGUUUUUUUUUCUCCUGCCUCGCAUCCUUUCUAUUGCCUUUUUGAUUUUAAAUUGUUAAACUGUCCCUUUCGAUACAGUUGAAUAAAUCAAAGAUGAUCUCA